UGUGGACAGAGAAAGCAGACGGAGGAAGCCAGGGACGAGCACCAUGCCACCCAAGAAAAAGAAGGGUAAAGGCAGUGCGGCCGGGAAGAAGGAAAAGAAGGGGAAGGUGGAGGAACGACCAAAAGUGGAGCUUGUCACCGAGGAGACCAAGGAGUUCUACCAGCUUCAGAUCCAGGACCUGGAGGCCCGCCUGGAGAGGUAUCAGAGCAAAUGGGACGUCAUUUGUGCAAAGGAGAGCCAGUACCAGGUGCAGUUAGAGCAGCUCUUCAAUGACAAGAAGGAGAUUGUGUCUUUUCUCAAGCUUACCCUCAACCAGCGCAUGGAUGAAAUCGCUGACCUCAAUGAUCAGCUGACUGGCCUACAACAGGCCAAAGAUGCAGAGAAAGAAGCCUACGAGGCACAGCUAGCACAGUUACGGAGUGAAUUUCAAGAGAACAGAGACCGUCUUACUUCAGAGAACAUGCUGUUGGCUGGUAAAUUGGCUUCCUUGGAAGAGUUCAGAGUGCAGAGAGAGGAGCUGAUGGGCAAGUUUGCUGCGUUGGAAGAAAAGUUAAGAGCACAGGAAGAACAACACAAAGAGACGAUGUACAGGCUGGAGAAGAAGGCGGUGCUGGAUAAGGACAGGUUAAAGAAGGAAAUGGUCCAGCGGGUAAAUACUGUGGCAUCUGAAUUCCGCCGGGUGUCCAACAGCCAGAUGGCGGAGACUACAAAGCGAGCUAUCCGUGAGAAUGUCGCUAUUGGUUCUCAGCUGGCCAAGAUGUCAGACAAGAGCUUGGAGCUCAUCGAUGAGAACGACCUACUGAAAGAGCGAGAAUCUGAACUCUGCAAACAGCUGGUGGUGCUGGAGGAGAAUGAGUGGGAGCUGGUGAAGAAAAGUCUCAGCAACCAAAGGGUGAUCCGCAUGUUAACUGAGAAGUGCCAACAACAGCAGGAGAUGUUGGACGUGGGUGUCCAGAAAGAGCAUGAACUACAUGAGCUGCAUCUGGAGCAUCAGACCCUGCAGGAGGAAGCACAAACCCUCAGUCAGAGAAUGGUCCAUCUGGAAGACGAGUUGCAGAGAUUGAUGGCAGAGAAGAGCGAGGUGAUUGGCCAGAUGGAGGAUGAGAAGAAGAGGAGGCAUUCGGUGGAGAGGGUCUUGAGAGAGGCAGCUUUGUCUCUGAAAGAUGUGCUUAUGUCACCCAGACCUGAGGCGGAGGAUACAGAAGCCAUGUUAUUAGAAAGGCGAAACCAAGUUUUGGAGAAACUCUUGGUGCUGCUCAGCAGUGCGGCCACUUUAGGCUUUGGGCCAGGCUUAAACGACUUCCAGAGCAAAGAUAACCAAUCCAUGGACAAUCACAUUACACCUGCAGUCAGCAGGCACCUUGUAUCACCCACCUUGAAGGGCCCGGGCGUCAUUCCUCAUUACCAGAUAGGAGAUCUGGGACUGGUACCGAGACAUGAUACCUCUUGUGCCGUGCUCAGCAAAAUUGGAAUGCUUUCUAAAACCACAAGACUUGGGCCUAUACAAGCCAACCCAGGCCUAGCAAAGGCCCUGCUAUCAAUGAGCCAGGAGGCAAGACUACCCAAACAAAGCGCAUUACCCGGAAUCCCUACCACAUCUGGCAGCAAGCCGAUUCUUUUGGCUAAGUGA